GCAAAGUUUGGUCCUCGUAAAGGCCGUGUUCCUCUCCCCUCCCUUUAUCUCGACGCUCCCUCAUCACAGUUCAUAUGUACGGCACACACCAACUGCGUACACUCUCCGCCUUCGUCACCUUCAUGCUCAAGAAAAAGAAACGAUGGCUCGAAUGAUCUCGAAACCCCACAACAAUUUCUUCAAUUGCUCAUUUGGCGCGAGCACUUCAACAUUUAGGACUUAUGUCAGGCACCAUCAUUUUAAGAGCUUUCUCUCUGAGCGACGAUUCAAGUACAGAGUUUGUUGCUGUGUAAAGGAUACGGAAAGAGAGGACGCUGCCCAAUCAAAGAGAAUUUUGAGUGGGCUCGAAGUGAAUGGUCAGUUGAAGGAAGAGGAGAGUGUGGGAGGAGAAGUGGGCCUCUUUCGGGAUUGGCCGCCAUGGAAAAAUCUUCCCCAGAGAUAUAAGCUCAUCGGGACUACUUCCUUGGCCUUUGUCAUUUGCAACAUGGACAAGGUGAAUUUGAGUAUCGCUAUAAUUCCAAUGUCACAUCAAUUCGGAUGGAAUGCUUCUGUGGCUGGAUUGGUGCAAUCUUCUUUCUUCUGGGGUUAUGCUCUUAGUCAGUUGCCUGGUGGAUGGCUUGCAAAACUAUUUGGCGGGAGUAAAGUUCUUGAAGUGGGUGUCCUUGCCUGGUCGCUGGCCACAGCAUUGGUUCCUAUAGUUGCUGGUUUUUUGCCAGGACUUAUAUUCUCAAGGAUUUUGGUUGGAAUUGGUGAAGGCGUUUCACCAUCUGCUGCCACUGAUAUGAUUGCCUUGUUAAUACCAAUAGAAGAGCGCUCUAGAGCAGUAGCUUUUGUUUUCGGUGGUUUAAGUGUUGGUAGCGUUCUGGGGCUUCUUUUGGCUCCUCCACUGAUUCAAAAUUAUGGCUGGGGAUCUGUAUUUUACAUCUUUGGCUCACUGGGUAUAGCCUGGUUUUCAGUAUUUCAGUUUGUUAAAGAAGAUCGGCGUCCAUUUAGAGAGGCUUAUCUAUCAUGGCCCCAAUCUGGCCCUAUGAACAAAUCAUGGAAAUCCUCCUUGAAAGAUUUGGGUGGCUCGCUGAAUGAUAUACCUUGGAAGGAAUUUUUCAAAUCUAAAGCUGUGUGGGCAAUGAUAUAUACUCACUUUUGUGGAAGUUGGGGUCACUAUACCUGCUUAUCCUGGCUUCCUACAUAUUUCAGUGAGGAGCUGGACCUUGACCUGACUGAAGCUGCAUGGGUCUCAGUUCUUCCUCCAUUAGCUUCAAUCUUUGUCACUGCCUUCGCAUCCCAAUUUGCUGACAGCAUGAUUGCAAAGGGAGUUGAAACCACAGUGGUACGGAAAAUCUGCCAAACAAUUGCAUUCCUAUCUCCCGCGACUUGCAUGAUUCUUUCCUCUGUUGACUUAGGACUGAGUCCUUGGGAAGUUGUUUCAAUUCUUACAGGUGGCUUAGCCCUAUCUAGUUUUGCUUUAUCAGGCCUAUACUGCACCCAUCAAGACAUGUCACCUGAAUAUGCAAGUGUUCUUUUGGGCAUUACGAACACUGUUGGAGCAGUCCCGGGAAUCAUCGGUGUUGCUCUCACUGGUUAUCUUCUUGAUUCAACUCACUCAUGGGGGCUGUCACUGUUUGCGCCAUCAAUCUUCUUCUACAUUACUGGUACAAUUGUAUGGUUGACUCUAGCUAGCAGUAAACCACAAACUUUCAAAAAGAGUGAUUGAGUUUAUUAUUCAGCCUCAAUCAACAGUGUUCAGAAACACCAUUCUUCUCAGAGCAUCAAUUUUGUGCAGUAGGACGACCUAAACUGCGCUGUUUAACCUGUAUGCAAAGAUCAUUGGCUUUUUGGUAUAUAUUAAACAAAUGUCACUCGAGAUUGUGAUUGUAAAUAUAUGUGCAGUUUUUUUUGUCACUGCCCAUGUAAGGCUAAUAGACCUAGAGUUGUGUAAUGUAGUUUUUUUUCGGGUAAGAACAUUUGGAAUCUGUUUGUAAAAGUUGGCUGCAGACAAUAUCUUUCCGCAAUAAAUAUUAUAACACGAUUGUUGUGGGAGAGUAUGUUGAGUACGCAAAAUGUGUAUAAACACAGAAAUUAAAAGCGGAAGCGACAUAUAAACAAAUUCGUAUUCUUUUCCCUGGCGCAGCUGG